AUUUGGUAUACCUAAUUUUGGGAAAAAGAAAAAAGAAAAAAUAUAAGAUGGAGGAGCGAAGACAAGUGGUCUAAGAAGUAAGAAGGGUUUUUUGUGACCCCUCCGUUCUCACUAACGCACGCAGUUCUCUCUUCUCUUCUCACUCGGCAGAAGAGAGAGAAAUAUCGAAUACCUAGCGUACUCCCAAUCCAACCGUAUUUAUCCCUUCUCCUCUCCUUUUCUGCUCUCUCCUUCCUCCCUCCUCUUAUCAAUCGGACGGCCAAGAUUGCAUCGCGAGGUAUGCAGCAAGGUGAUCAAACGGUGUUGAGCUUGAGGCCCGGUGGUGGUAGAGGCGGCAGGCUCCUCGGUCCUCGAUUUGACUCCUCAUCCACGUCUUCUGCUUCCCCCGCUUUUGGCUCCUUUUCCGCUGAUCUUCCUCACUUGCGUCCUCAUGGCGCCGCUCCUUCUCCCUUCUCUAUCAAGGCUGGAGAUUCACGGUUUGAGGGUCGUGAGCGUGUGCGAUAUACCAGGGAACAGCUCUUACAGCUUAGAGAGGGUGUUGAUAUCCUUGACGACAUUUUAAAGAUCAAGCAAGAUAUUGAAGCUGAGCUUUUUGGUGAAGAUCCAAGUUGGGGCCGCUCAGAAAACAACCCUUCUCUUCAAUUUCAAAAUCGAUAUUCUGAGCCAGAUAACCGUGACUGGCGUGGACGAUCUGGACAACUUUCUGGUAAUGCAGAUGAGAGGACUUGGGAUAAUCUCAGAGAGAAUAGGGAGUUUGGCAAUACUAGUCAGAUUAAUCGUCAAGAUCAACUGAAUUCUCAGUUUGUAAGGGCACAAAUCUCUUCUAACCAAGGGGGCGGACCUACUCCAACACUAGUCAAGGCUGAGGUGCCAUGGUCAGCUAGAAGGGGAAGUCUCUCUGAAAAGGAUCGUGUCUUAAAGACAGUUAAGGGAAUACUGAAUAAGUUGACUCCUGAGAAAUUUGAUCUCCUGAAGGGUCAGUUGAUUGAUGCUGGCAUUACAUCUGCUGACAUAUUGAAGGAAGUUAUUUCACUAAUAUUUGAUAAGGCAGUGCUGGAACCAACAUUUUGCCCCAUGUAUGCUUUGCUGUGUUCUGAUCUUAAUGAAAAGCUGCCUCCAUUCCCAUCUGAUGAGCCUGGUGGGAAAGAAAUCACUUUUAAGCGAGUACUUUUGAAUAUCUGCCAGGAGGCUUUUGAAGGUGCAGAUAAACUAAGGGAAGAAUUGAGACAGAUGACUGCUCCUGACCAGGAGAUGGAGCGAAGGGACAAGGAAAGACUUCUGAAGAUUCGAACCCUUGGAAACAUCCGUUUAAUUGGUGAGCUGUUGAAGCAAAAAAUGGUUCCUGAAAAGAUUGUUCAUCACAUUGUUCAGGAGCUUUUAGGACCCCCUGACAGCAAGGUCUGUCCAGCUGAGGAAAAUGUUGAAGCCAUAUGUCAAUUUUUCAACACUAUUGGUAAGCAGCUCGAUGAAAGCCCAAAAUCUCGACGUAUAAAUGAUAUGUACUUUAGCCGGUUGAAAGAAUUGAGCACCAACCCCCAACUUGCACCACGGCUGCGGUUUAUGGUUCGUGAUAUUCUAGAAUUGCGCACUAAUAACUGGAUUCCUAGACGUGAAGAGGUGAAAGCUAAAACCAUCACUGAAAUUCAUUCAGAGGCAGAAAAGAAUCUUGGAUUGCGUCCAGGUGCCACUGCAAGUAUCAGAAAUCCCCGUGGUGUAGCUUCUGGGGUUCAAGGAAAUGCCACUCCAGGUGGCUUCCCAAUUGCCCGACCUGGUACAGGUGGUUUGAUGCCUGGGAUGCCAGGGACCAGGAGGAUGCCUGGGAUGCCUGGAAUUGAUAAUGACAACUGGGAGGUGCCUAGGACAAGAUCAAUGCCAAGAGGGGACAUGUCAGGCAUGCAAUCUGGAGGACGAGGCCAAUCUCCUUUCCUUUCCAAGACAUCAACUGUCAACUCGAAGUUACUACCUCAAGGUAGUGGUGGUCUUAUAAGUGGGAGAAGCAGUGCCCUGGUGCAUGGAGGCACUCCUUCUGCUCGUCCGGCAAACCUUGGUUUUAGUACUGAGCCUACACCUCAAAUCCCGGAGAAAGCUGUUAAAGCUGUUCCUGCCAUAUCCACUGAGAAGCCACAAGCUCCUCCAGCUACAAAAGUGAAUAGUGAUGAACUUCAACGUAAAACUGUUUCUCUUUUGGAAGAAUAUUUCAGUGUUCGGCUUUUGGAUGAGGCAUUACAGUGUGUGGAGGAACUAAAAUCUCCAGCUUAUUACCCUGAGGUUGUCAGGGAAGCCAUUUCCCUUGCACUAGAUAAAAGUCCCCCAUGCGUUGAAUCUGUUGCCAAUCUUCUUGAAUAUCUGUUCAUUAAGAAGAUUCUUUCAGCCAGAGACAUAGAGACUGGGUGCAUGUUAUUUGCUUCUCUUCUGGAUGAUAUCGGCAUAGAUUUACCUAAAGCACCAAAUAAUUUUGGUGAGAUAAUAGGGAAACUAGUAUUGGCUGGGGGUUUGGAUUUUAAGGUGGUGAGAGAAAUCCUUAAGAAGGUGGAUGAUGACCGGUUCCAGAGAGCAAUAUUUUCCUCUGCGAUGCAGGUAAUUAGCUCUGCAUCUGGGCAAGCUGUGUUGGACUCACAAGCAUCUGAUAUUGAGGCCUGCCAGAGUCUGCUCAAGUGAAUCAGAUGACUUUUCAUGAGAAUAGUGAUCUCUGUAACUGAACGUACAUCUCUGCCUUGUUUCACUACUUUCGAAUUGCCUUCCCUUUACGCUCGCACUUUUUAGAGCAUUUUGUAUUACAGUAUGUUAUAAAGUGGAGCUCCCAGUAUCAGGUAUUUUUCUCGAGUUGUAUAAUUUUUUUUUUGAUGUCGUAGAGGUGUUUAUUGAGGGAAAAGUCAAACCAUAAAGCUAAGGAUUUUGUUUUCGAGUUGGCUAAUCAUGUGCCAAAGAGAGUGGCCCAUCCACCCGGGGGUCCAAAUGUUUUUUGUACUUCAUUAGUUUCAUUUUUUCCCUUUAUUUUCUUGACAGAGUAAUUGUUAAACUGGUCAGUUCAUAAAUAUCAUUGUCGUUACUUUCACAA